GUCUCCCCUCAUCCGAGUCGUAUAUAUCACUUGAAAUCACCCCUUGGACGAUUCCACAUCAGCUCGCACAGAAAAUGCGUUUUUCCUUCGUCGCGAUUGCAGCUUUAUCAGCGUAUACGUCUGUCAGUAUGCAGAUUGCUGCGAUGGCAUCCCGUGUACCCAAACUAGAGCCCAGAGUUCAGAGUAGAGCCCAGAAACAGAGCCCAGAAGCCUUGUGGAAUACACGAGUAGAACAUGCGGACCAGACAAGCAGUGUCAACUUGAAGCACAACUUGAUAUGGGUCAAAAGGCACAAAGAAAGAACACCACAAAGCAUAGCCCUUCUGUCCUUGAGAAAACGAACUCAGCACCUGUGGUGGCUUGUUUUUGGAGGAGUAUACCACAGUCGAAAACGGGGCAGUCACAUCAAGGAAAUUGUGGAUAUCGUGAUCGAUGUCCUACACAAUCCUCAUAAGAUAUUACGACCGGAAGGCAAAUGCGUCCUUGGUGAAUUGGUGCGACACUGUUUUUGGGUCGACGAACCUAAUUUUGUGACAUAA